CUUAACUUCUCAUUGUCCCUUCAAGAAUAUCAGAGUGGCAAAGUAGCUGCUAAUCUUCACUGGCAGAAUAAACUCCCUCUGAGGCCGCCGUCAAAUUCUGCCUUAGAGGCUGACGAAUUAAGCAAGUGACCCUGGGUGUCAUGCAAGACAAUGGAUCCAUUACCAGAACCAGAGCUUCUUCCCAAGGAAAUAGAAGUCUCCGAAGAUCCAGAAACUUCUGAGAAAUCCGAGGAAAUACCUGGUUUAAAUCCUCUUCUUCGACAUAUUCUUACAGGAAACAUAGAUCGACUGCAGAGGAUUUUUGAAGACCCAGAAGAUCCCUAUCACUCUGAAGCCAUGCAGCUAGUCAUGGAAGAAGAUGUCAUUGGUAGGAACUUGUUGUUUACAGCAUGCAUGGCUGGACAGAGUGACGUGAUUAGAGUAUUCGCAAAAUAUGGUGUCAACCUGAAUGAGAAAACGGCUAGAGGUUACACACUCUUACACUGUGCUGCAGCCUGGGGCCAAGUGGAGACUUUGAAAGCCCUGGUGGAUAUGGAAGUUGACGUUGAAGCACUGACCUUCCGUAACGAAACAGCCCGGGAUGUGGCUAUUCGGUACUCCCAGACGGAGUGUGUGGAUUAUCUAGACUUUGCAGAACUUGGCCAGAUCACAUUGUCAUUUCUAGUGGGCUUCUCUUCUAGUGUUCAGCUGACAUCACAGCACAGAGUUGAAGCAGAGGAAAUGACCAAGAAUUUGCUGAGGUUCAGAGCUCUACUCUUGGGCAUGUUUGACAGGUCAGCCUAUAAAAACCCACAGAACUUGAAGAAAUUAAGUCCAUUGCAUAAGAUCCAGGCAGUCCUUACAGAUCCAGAGAAGGCACCUGGAAAGAUGAACAAGGAAGGACAAGGUUUGCUCGUCAGUGCUUGCCGUGCCAAAACAGAGUGGCUUGAGCUCCAUCCAGACGCAACCGUAGAAGAGCUUCUUGAGCAAAAGCAACAACUGGAAGACCUUGUGAAUCCUAUUUUUGUGAAAAUGGCCACUCCACGUCCAGUGAAAAGUGCCAAAUGAUUCUACCUUCUCAUGAAUAUAUAUUUAUUUACAUAAACAUAUUUUUAAAGAAGCACUUUCUUUUAACAUUCCAAAAGGAAAACCAUCAAGUACUAUUGGAAGU